AAUCCGCGAGCAGUAUGGCGCUACGCGCUCUGGCACGGCAACGUACGUAGCCGUCACGUCGUUCAUCCGUCGUGUAUCCCUGUACCUGUCCUGACGAUCCGUCGCGUCCCUGACAGGGUGAACCCGCGCGCGAAUUACAGUUGUCGGUCUCGCGCGACUGGCUCUCACUUUUCACACCCGGAGGGAGCGGAGGAUAGGAAGCGAGAGAGAAACCGGAUAGCAAAAACGAGUCUGAAAAUCGCGCCAGGGUGAAGAGAAAACGAUAUAAAAUGCGAUUUCGAGGGAGAGUAUUUUAAAAGGCGAGUUAACAUGCAACCGCGUGUAUCGCAUCCGGCCCGACGGCGGCCGUAGACGACGCCGGGGUUAAACGUGCGCCAGUAGCGGCGACGAGACAAGCUUCCCUCGACAACGUGCCUCGGUAAACGAUAAUCGGACGGAUCGAGGAUGACGGGCUCCUCGACGAUCGCCGACGUCGACAUCGAUACCAGCAACGCCAACACGGCGACGAUCGAAAAGACAGCGACGAAGGCGGCGUUGGCUGCCAAUUUUCGGAUCGGUCUCACGUGUUCGCGCGCCGCUUAGAAACAUCGAAUAUGACAUUAGGGUCGCGAACGUAAAAGAGCACCAGAGAAUUCGGUAUAUAGUUCGGUAUAUUUCGCUGGGAAGUGCGGUAAGAGGGUAACACACGGACACACGGAGGCUUCGAGCAGCGGCAGCCAGCUGAUCGCCGAUAAAUAGAACCAGACGCCGCGGCAUGUCCCUCAUUAAUUAACACCGCGCGUUCACGUCUCGCGUUGAUAAUCUGUGGGUGGAUCAUCCCUUGGACUAUACAACAAAGAGCGACGAGCUUGCAAGAUGGCAUGUCCAUUCUCUAGCAGACGCUUCAAACUAAGGGAUGAUAGCAGCAGGGAAGGGGAUCAUCGCAGAAUUCCGAGGCUAAGGCAGGACGAGCACGGCAAGCCGUCGCUUCAGGGGCAAUCAUCGGUUCAGAUAACGUCGUCGCUUUUAGGAGAAGACGUUGACGACCUUGAGGACACACAGACACUUAACCUGAAGCACCUAAGAGCCGCGGUGACCCUCUUAACGAACCCUUCGAACGAGGUGGUGGCUGUGGCGCUAGAAGCUCUGUUAAAUAAACAUGAAGUACCUCUUCCAACGUCGACAACAUCGUCUUUAGAAAAACUUGUCAGUAAUGUUGAAGAGGAGGAAAACUAUAAUUUACUGGAAGAUAUUUAUGAGACACUAAAUUACGACUGUGACGUCGACGUGAACGCGUUUUUCGAUCAUCUCGGGCAGGAGCUGAUCGCAUGGGCUUGCGUGGGUCUCUUAGAGCGGGCCUUUCGUUGCCUUGGGAACGAUCUGACCGCUUUCCUGACCACACUCGACGGCGUAAACGACGUUGUCCAGCAUCAGUCGGGAUCGGAUACCGAGGCGGAGUUUGUGUGUAUCGCCACACCGGAAGCGCUGGAGCUACACUUCACCACCGACCACCCUUCUAUCGCCUAUCUUCUGGUGGGCAGUCUGAAGGGCAUAGCCAGGCAGUUCUAUAACGACAAAGCCGACGUGUAUAUAUUGCCGGAUCCCUACAAUACCAAGUUUUUUAGAUACCGGAUUACUCCUGAGCGUUACAGCGAACAGCCGGCCGUAGAUGACGACUGCGACGUGGUGUCAUCCACUUUCCGUCCACUCUCCUCCGAAGCAACGGACCUUCGAAUGGGGGUAGCGAGCUUUUGCAAGGCGUUCCCGUGGCACUUCGUCGUCGACCGUCAGCUGGAGCUCGUUCAGCUCGGCGUCGGUUUCAUGAAGAUUUUUGGACACCAUUUGAACCGGCUCGGCAGGGAGAUAUCGACAUAUUUCGUCUUCACACGACCCCACGGCGUCACUCUGACCUUUCACGAGAUCCUAAAGCGCGCGAAUACACCGUUUAUCCUGACCCUCCAGAGACCGCAUGACGUCGAUAAAUAUCCCGCGGAGGGUCUAGAAAUGAAGGGUCAGAUGGUACACUGUCCAGAAUCGGACUCGAUUUUAUUCGUGAGCUCACCGUUCUUGAACGGUUUGGAGGGCUUAACGGGUCGAGGACUCUUCAUUUCUGAUAUCCCUCUUCACGACGCUACAAGGGACGUUAUACUAGUUGGCGAGCAGGCAAGAGCACAGGAUGGCUUAAGAAGACGUAUGGACAAAUUGAAAAGUUCUAUAGAAGAAGCUAACUUGGCGGUCGAUGCGGAAAGAGAAAAAAAUGUCAGCCUUUUACAUCUUAUAUUUCCGCCAGAUAUUGCGAAACGCCUGUGGCUGGGAGAGACAAUCGAGGCAAAAACGUAUCCAGAAGUCACGAUGUUGUUUAGCGAUAUAGUAGGAUUUACAUCUAUCUGCGCUACAACAACGCCAAUGAUGGUCAUCAAUAUGCUUCAAAAUCUAUACGAGCAAUUUGAUCUUUACUGUGGUCAGUUGGAUGUGUAUAAGGUAGAGACAAUCGGCGAUGCCUACUGCGUUGCAUGCGGCCUUCAUCGAAAUACCAAUACACAUGCGCAACAAAUUGCUUGGAUGGGCCUAAAGAUGAUACAAACGUGCUCUCAUCACCUGACUCACGAAGGCAAGCCAAUAAAGAUGCGCAUCGGCAUUCACACCGGAAUGGUGUUGGCGGGCGUCGUGGGCAAGAAGAUGCCAAGAUACUGUCUCUUCGGACACAAUGUCACGUUGGCGAAUAGAUUUGAAUCCACGAGCGAGCCACUUCGUGUCAACGUCAGUCCAACUACCUAUCUGUGCUUAAUACAAAAAUCGGGAUUCAUAUUGGAACCGCGGACCAAGGACAAUCUACCCAAGGGAAUGCCAGCCAAUGUAUCGGGCACGUGUUACUUUCUGAAUGGGUAUCAGCAUAGCGACAUCAGCGCGAGUGAGCCUCUCGAUGUGCAUAUUCAGGCAGCAAUUACGGAACUCGGAAUCAGUAGCAAUAUGUAGAUACUUUCUGGUACUGGGACGUUUACCGUUGAUCAGUGUGUUUAACUUUAACGAUGUUACCGUCAAUAAUAGCGACGGCACACCCGAUACUAUCAGACCGAUCGAUGUAUAUGAGCUCUCAAAGCUGGCACUAAAGGUACAUUAAAAGCAUGGCGCUAAUUGUGUACGAACACAUUGAAAGAGAUCUUGUGCGGAUUUAUACGCAGAGUCUUAGAUUGUAAUCAUUAUAUACCUAUUAAAUAUAAGAAGCAAGUAUAAAAACUCUA